AUGUGGUACUUGGCGUAUUUCAUGCACCGCCACCUCGACUUCCGCCUCGACGAGCUGCAGUCGCUCGCCGUCCUCGCUGGCGUGCAGCCGCCAGCUCAUCACGCCGCGCCACGUCACGAUGACGUGGAAUUGCAGCCGCCUGCCGGCUCGGCUUUAUCUGAGGGAGAGCGGGGCGGAGAGAAGCGGAACGAAGGGGAUCGGGUGGUCGAGGGAGUGAGGGGAGACGAAGGCAGCGAGGAGACGAGGCGGGGAGAAGGGGGCAGUGAGAUGGAAGGACGGGAGGAGUAUGAGAUAUCAGGGGGAGGCGGGAGUGAAUGGGAGCCAGUAAGAUGGAGGAAGCCACGUGGCGAUCACAUGGACUCGCCGUUCUUCUACGUGGAUCUGCCGUCUGAUGACGCCUGCUCGUUGAGGGGAUAUUCGACAUAUGGGCGGAGGCACCAACGCCUGCUUAUAAAGGGGAUAUUCGACAUAUGGGCAGAGGCCCCGACCUACGAGGCACUAAAGCCGCAGGUUGAGGCGAACAUCACCACCAAGAUCGCGCCCUUCACAGCCCCCGGGUCCACGUUCAAGAUGGUGGUGGACGGCUUUGGGAAGAUUUUCUCCAUGGACGAGCAGCGGGAGCGCAUGGAGCGAUUCACAUACAUCCCCUUCCAGGGCAAGGUGAAGCUGGGCUCGCCCGACUACAAGUUCUGGGUGAUAGAGCAGGCAGCAGAAUGCACCAACAACGGCCUCCCACCCAACAUGCCCUUGCGCGUGUUCAUUGGCCGAGAGGUGGCAGUAUCAGACCGCACGGUCGCCACCAAGUACGAGUUGAGUCGCCGGCGCUACUUGGGUCCCACCGCCAUGGACGCUGAGCUGUCGCUGCUCAUGGCCAAUCAGGCACUGGCGCGGCGCGGCACGCUCAUGUACGACCCGUUCGUGGGGACAGGGAGCAUCCUGGUGGCUGCUGCUCACUUUGGCGCCGUCACUCUGGGAGCGGACAUUGACAUCCGGGUGGUGCGCGACGGCAAGGGCCCCAAUCGGGACGUGUGGGCCAACUUCCACCAGUACUCGCUUCAACCACCAGUGGGCUUGUUGCGGGCAGACAACAACUGCCCUCCCUGGAGGCAAGACUUAAGAGAGAUGUUCCAUGCCAUCGUCGGUGACCCUCCCUACGGCGUCCGGGCAGGCGGCCGAAAGUCGGGCGGGAGGAAAAUUCUCAACGGGGUGACAGACCCGUACGCCAUAGCAGACAACUUGAAAGCUGCCCACAUUCCCUCCACCGCCCCUUACUCCCUGGAAGAGUGCCUCCACGAUCUUUUAGACACGUCUGCCCGUCUGCUCGUCAUUGGUGGGCGGCUUGUUUAUUUCUACCCUGCUGCCCGAGAGGAGUAUCUGCCCGAGGAAAUUCCGGGGCAUCCGUGCCUGAAGCUGGUGGCCAAUAGCGAGCAGAUUCUGACCAAGCGGUGGAGCAGGCGGCUUGUGACUAUGGUGAAGGUUGCUCCGUACAGCGAUGACAUGGCAGCUGCACACGUGGCGGCGCAUGAGUGGUUCAGGAAGAAGCAGAUAGAGGAGAGUAGGAUGAUGAGGGAAAUGGGGGAGGCAGGGGAGGUGAGGGAAGGGGAGGAUGAGGGGAGCAGGGAUGGGGAUGGGGAAGCGAGUAGUGGGGGAGGUGGCAAGGGGGUGAAGCAGGGAAAAGGGGAUAAGAAAGGGGAGGGAGAGAGGAGAUCAGGGAAGAAUUUUCAUGACUUGGUGUUUGCAUCGCGGGCAGAUGAGGUGGCCGGGAUUCACCAGCAGGCAUCGGUGCAAGGCAUGAGGGACGAGAAGGGAGAGGAGGGAGGACGGGGCACAACGAAUGGGGUGCCGCAUAGAUUAUCGCGCAAGGCGGCGAAGCAGGCAUCCAGACCACUGUAUCGUGCCAAGUGUGUGUGA